GCUUCCAAAGACUAAAAUGGGUAACAACCUCAUUGUUGAACUAUAUUUUGACUAUCUCUUCAAUGUUUAACUCAUAUAAAUCAUAUACCUUCCACAGUAAUUCAUAUCUGUUUUCACUCAGAAAUGUAGUUCAUCAGAUGAAAGAUGACGAAUACGUCUUCAGAUGUUAUGGUAACUAAGGAUAAUGUUUAUAGACAGUAGAUAAAAAUAUCAGGGAUUUAACCUUUACAAUUUCAGUCGUUUAAAGUACUGACCAUUUGUACAGGCUAUAGACGACUUUGUUCGCUCUUAAAAACAAGAGACUGAAAAAAAAAAAGACUUUAAUUUACCACUUUAACACUGAUUUACUUUUUUAAGUAUUUAGAUGGAAUUAAAACCCAAAGCCUGUUUGCUGGUUUUGUUAGGACUAUGUUGUAUCAUGCGUAGUCUCGCGGAUGAAGUCUUCCUCAACACACGUCUUGGUACUAUCAUUGGUAAGAAGGCUGAAACGACAUUUAAUGGAAAAACAGGCAACGUGAACGCUUUUCUGGGGAUUCCAUAUGCCGAGUCACCUACAGGUAGCAAAAGAUUUCGAAAACCGGUACCUAAAGCGAACCUUGUAAAUCCAUACAAUGCCUCCGAUUUCGGCCCAGCUUGUCCGCAGGAUUUAUUCAUGAUGAUGGGAUGGGUUCCCGGAUAUCCGUAUGUAGACGAGGAUUGUCUCUCUUUAAAUGUGUUCACGCCAGAAAAUGCCGGUAUGCAAGGUAAUAAUAAGAGCUAUGCGGUUAUGGUUUGGAUUUACGGUGGCGCGUAUGUGAUAGGACAAAGUAAAAUGUAUUCUGGAGAGAAUUUAACAUUAGUUGGUGAUGUUAUUGUUGUAACGAUGAACUAUAGGAUCACGUCUCUAGGAUUUCUUAGCACUGGAAGCAGCAAGUAUCCGGGAAAUGCUGGACUGUGGGACCAACAGUUAGCAAUAAAAUGGGUACACGACAAUAUUGAAAGUUUUGGAGGGGAUCCAAAUCGUGUUACGAUAUUUGGAGAAUCAGCAGGGGGAUCAAGUGUGCUUUAUCACGCAUUAUAUCCUGGAAACAAAGGUCUAUUUCAACGCCUCAUAACAGAAAGUGGCAGUCCAUUGUGCCCCUGGGCAUAUCAGCCUGAUCCUAUAAAAUAUGCAAGAAGAUUAGCUAAUAAGCUAGGCUGCAAAGAUAAUGACCUGGACGCUGCUGUAGAUUGUUUACAGAAACUUGACGCUAUGACCGUAGUGAACAACAGUCGCGUGGGCUCACAAGAUGACACAGUCUUCAGGGCUGAGUGGGUACCGAACUAUGACAACGAUUUUAUAAGGUUUCCACAAAACCGUUUGUUUUCUUCCGGAAUAGAUAUGUUUAAGGACUUGGACUUGAUGGCUGGAGUCAAUAAUAACGAUGGUGCAUUUGUUACUCUGUUAGCUAUACAGCCGUUUAUGGUCCAGCAGAUAAACAAAACAUUUGACAAGGGUAUCACUAGAGAUUUUUUCAAUAAUUUCUACAUUCCAUUUUACUUUAAAGAUUAUCGUGGAAACGUUAGUCAAUUGACAAAAGACACGGCUGCCCAUGUUUACACAGACUGGAGAGAUCUACAUAACGAUAUUUACACAAGAGAAAAAUUCUUACAAUUUUCGGGAGAUUACAAUUUCUUCAUGCCUGUUUUAUCUAGUAUAAGAGCGCAUGCGAAUUCUUCAUCAAAGUCAAAGACAUUUUUAUAUCAGUUUAAAGUGCGAGCGGCUUUCAACAAGUCACCAUCAUGGGUAUCUGGCGCAAAUCACGGAGAUGAGUUACCGUUCGUAUUUGGUUUCCCAGAUCUUAUGGCGGAUGGAAUGGGAUUCCGCGAUAAUGUUCCUGCAAUUGAGGAACAACUUUCUACAAAUAUAAUGACAAUGUGGAGUAAUUUUGCGAAAACUGGAGAUCCAAAUUUUCCAGUGAAUGUACCAGACGCUAUAGUUUGGCCAGAGUAUAAUUCGGACACACAACGUUAUUUGAGGAUUGGCUUAAAUAAAUCAUCAGCAUACCAAAACCUGUUUGGCGAUAGAGCCUCGUUUUGGCUCAAACUUGAGCCAGAAAUCCAUGCGCUUGAAAGAGCAAAAUCAAAUCACAAUUAUCAACCUGGACUCGGCAUACCUGUUAUAGUUGGGUAACUGUCAACUCAGCAAUGGUUUAUAAUUGCAUACGGACAUCUUUUCUUUCUUAUCUCCGAACACAUUUAACUUUUCUGUUUUAUGAU